CGUCGCACUCGGACCGGGCUUUAUUCCUUUGGUAUUCUUCGGUAUGGUUCAGCCGACUACCCUAAAGAAAAAGCAUUCCCUGGUGGGGAAAAGUUUGCUGCCGCUGUUCGCACGGUUCAAUGGUAGCCCUGAUGAGCCCAGAGAGUUGGCUAGGAUGGACAAGGAUCAACCUUUGGAGAAUCUGGAUUCCGAUGGUAUCGCCACAGCCUUCAAGAAACUCACCGGAGAAAACAUCGGAGACGUCCUUGCCGCCCUCGGCAAACAAAGUGGAGCUGGAGUGGCUUUAUUGCACCAUGCAAUUGUGCUAGCGAACGAAAUCGGCCAGCCAGUAGGGCAGCCCCUUAGGGACCCGCCCAUCACUCCACCGGGUGUUUCGGAUGAUGUAAGUGAGCCACCGAGGAAGGUGCAGAGGAUAGCGUGCCAGGCGACCGUAGCUGAUCCAGUGCAGAAGGCAAAGGCGAAGGGUAUGGACAUUUUGGGUUACGAAAUCCAGGAUUGGGAAUUCCAGAUUCCGUUUGAUCCGCAGAGAGCAGUAGCAUCCAAGCAUCUGUCGCCGCAGUGGACAACUCUGGAUGGGCGUGAACCUCGGCUUUCCACCCACCAAUGCCCGGAUUUUGAAAGCGUUAUAAAUGACGGUGUAUGUUUUGAUUUGAACGAGCUGCCACUACGAAACCCUGAUCAUUUUGUAGCAGGUCAAGUUCAUCAAAAUUUAGAUCAAUGGCGGGAAGUCAUUGGCCAUGUUUCUGAUACUUGUCCUGUUUCUAGCCAAGUAUUAUCAUGGCUAACAGACGGUGUUAAUGUGGAUGAUUUUUUCAGGCCAUUUAAGGGCAACUUUAAAGGUGAAUCGUUUGACUCGGAUACCCCGCCUUCUCGAUACUACCCGAAUUCCAACAGUUGUCAGCAGUUUGGGGAGUUUAUAGCCUCGGAGCUUCAGCAGCGUGUUAAAACGGGGGCAAUGGAAUUAGUUGGUCGGGUGGGCGAGUGUCAAUUACCAUCCAUCAUCAUGCCGCUUACUGUCGAGCCUACAAAACCACGGCUUUGCAUAGACAACCGAUACUUAAAUUUAUGGAUUAAGGAUUCUCCGUUUCAAUUGGAAACGCUUAAACAUGUUUAUAGGCUAGUUGAUGAAAAUGCGAGAAUGGUCUCAACGGAUGAGAAAUCCGGGUAUGAUCAUGUUCUCCUGUCCCCUUCCAGUUCAUCUUACUUUGGCGUACAGUUUGGGGGUUGGGUUUUCCGCUGUAGAUCUUUGCCGUUCGGGUGGAAGUCUUCCGCUUAUAUCUAUCAAAUGGUUGGGAUGGUUGCAACAACGUAUUUGCGCACAUUUGGCAUUCGCAAUGCUCAGUAUAUCGAUGAUAGAUUAGCCGUAGAGGCAGUGUUCUCUACUUCUAGCGUAAAGCAUCUUCCAAUAGAGGUAAUUGCUUAUGCUUUGUUGCAGCUAUUAACGAGAUUGGGUUACACAUUUGCAAUUCACAAGUGUAAGCUCGACUUUGGGACGUAUCUCAAAUAUUUGGGGUUUAUGGUUGAUUCAGCUAGAUUAGCUUAUAUUCUCCCGGACUAUAAGAAAGUUAGCUUUGGGGCUUUGCGUGAUUAUAUCCUGUCGUGCCAGCAGAUCAAUAUCAAAACGUUGCAAAGAUUUUCAGGCAAAUGUGUGUCAAUGUUGUUGGCAGUUCCAGCAGCUGCUCUAUGCCCCGUAAGCGCACUGGAGCGCUACUCAGCUUGGGCCAAAAGCGCUGGGGUAGAUCUUUCGCUAGGUUAUCUCUUUAGGCUAGUAAGUGACUCGGGUAAGGUAUUAGAUCAAUGUGUCUCAUAUGCAGUGAUGUAUUCCCGCUUGUUGGAGUAUUUGACGACGCUCAAUAUCUACGAGGGGGAGACACCUCAUAGUCUCAGGUCGGGUUGUGCCAUAACGUUGAAGUUGUCCGGGGCGGCUGACUCCAAUUCCCAGACUAUGAGGCAUGUUGGUUGGUUCAAAGAAUCUUCAUGCAGUUAUUACAGUCGUGAGGAUUCUUUGAAAGAGCCGGCGCAGUUGGCUCAGAGGUUAGCUUCGUCACCAGCUUUGUCGGGAAAGAUUGAAUCUGAUUACCAACGCUAUGCAACAUUUAACACUUUGAAUCAUGCAAUCUAG